AUGGCUGGUGAUACAUAUGCGCCGGUGACUCAAACGUCUACAGCAGACCAAGGAUUGCAGGAUAAACUUACAGCAAAUGAAAAGGUCUCACAAAUAGAUCAACAGAGUAUUGCUGAACAAUCAAAAGGGACUAAAACAUUAGAUACUGCUGGUAGCUCCUCAAAAAUUUCGUAUGGAGUGAUCUCUUCAUCAGAGGGAUCUGUACCAACAGACACGUCAUCUCUUGGCACAAGUAAUGAGGGAGCACAAACCAGUGUUGGAGGCGGGUUAGUCAAUGUAGGAGUAUCUGUGUCGGUAGUUUCAGACGAUGGUUCAGGAAAAUCAAAAGAAGGUGGAUCAGAAGAUAGAUCUAAAACAUCGGAUGUCGGUGAAACUCCAUCCACACUGCAAACACCUAGUACAUCCUCAGAUGUCUCUGUACCGUCAGCCACGUCAUCUUCUAAAGGCCAAAUUGGGUCAGGCGAUGAUGGAGCUCAAACCGGUGUUGAAGGCGGAUUAGUCAAUGUCGGGGUUUCUGUGUCGGUUGUUUCAGAUGAUGGUUCAGGAAAACCAAAGGAAGGUGGAUCAGAAGAUAGAUCUAAAACAUCGGAUGUCGGUGAAACUCCAUCCACAAUGCAAACACCUAGUACAUCCUCAGAUGACUCUGUACUUUCGGAUACGUCAUCUUCUAGUACCGAAAGUGGUUUAAGUAACCAAGGAGCGCAAACCAGUGUUGAAGGCGGAUUAGUUAAUGUCGGAGUUUCCGUAUCGGUUGUUUCAGAUGAUGGUUCAGGAAAAUCAAAAGAAGGUGGAUCAGAAGAUGGAUCUAAAACAUCUGAUGUUGGUGAAACCCCAUACACAAUGCAGACACCUAGUACAACAUCAGAUGACUCUGUACUGUCCGAUACGUCAUCUCCUAGUACCGAAAGUGGGUCAAGUAACCAAGGAGCGCAAACCAGUGUUGAAGGCGGAUUAGUUAAUGUCGGAGUUUCCGUAUCGGUUGUUUCAGAUGAUGGUUCAGGAAAAUCAAAAGAAGGUGGAUCAGAAGAUGGAUCUAAAACAUCUGAUGUUGGUGAAACCCCAUCCACAAUGCAGACACCUAGUACAUCCUCAGACGUGACUCUGUACCGUCGGACACGUUAUCUUCUAAAGGCCAAAGUGGAUCAGGCAAUGAUGGAGCUCAAACCAGUGUUGAAGGCGGAUUACUCAAUGUCGGAGUUUCCGUAUCGGUUGUUUCAGAUGAUGGUUCAGGAAAAUCAAAAGAAGGUGGAUCAGAAGAUGGAUCUAAAACAUCUGAUGUCAGUGAAACCCCAUCCACAAUGCAGACACCUAGUACAUCAUCAGAUGACUCUGUACUGUCGGAUACGUCAUCUCCUAGUACCGAAAGUGGCUCAAGUAACCAAGGAGCUCAAACCAGUGUUGAAGGCGGGUUAA